UCCAAAAAAAAAUAAACCAAAAUUGAGAUGGAUCAUCGAACAGGAAUGAUCCUUGUCUUAAGCAUAGUUGUAAUGUCCGUAUGGGGUUUGGACGCAUCAGCAAUGCAAAAGACGAAAUUCGACGCACCCCUUCUGACUGAAAAAAUCGCAACAAAUAGAUCGAUAAUUGUCGAUAUUGAAGGCAAAGGAGACUACACUUCGGUUCAAAAAGCCAUUGAUGCUGUCCCUGUUGGUAACUCUAAUUGGAUUAUCGUCCAUGUCCGUAAAGGAAUCUACAAGGAGAGAGUGCACAUUCCUGAGAACAAGCCGUUCAUAUUCAUGAGAGGUAAUGGAAAAGGAAAAACGGUCAUCGAAUCUUCGCAAAGUUCGGUCGACAAUGUUGCUUCAGCCACUUUCAAAGUCGAAGCUAACCACUUCGUUGCUUUUGGUAUCAGCAUCAGAAAUGAUGCACCAAUCGGAAUGGCGUUCACGUCUGAGAACCAAUCGGUGGCAGCGUUUGUGGCUGCUGAUAAAGUAGCGUUUUACCAUUGUGCGUUCUACAGCUUGCACAACACUUUGUUUGAUAACAAAGGUAGACACUAUUACCAUGAAUGUUACAUCCAAGGCUCCAUCGACUUCAUCUUUGGUCGUGCAACUUCCAUUUUCAACAAUUGUGAGAUAUUUGUGAUUUCGGACAAGAGGGUGAAACCGUAUGGGUCAAUUACAGCACACCACAGGGAACACGCAGAGGAAAAUACGGGUUAUGUGUUCAUAAGAGGCAAAGUGUACGGAAUCGAUGAGGUUUACUUGGGACGAGCCAAAGGACCUUAUUCUCGGGUCAUAUUUGCUAAGACUUACUUGUCCAAGACCGUUGUUCCUAACGGUUGGACCAACUGGAGCUACGAUGGCUCGACCCAGAACUUAUACCAUGCGGAGUAUAAGUGUCAUGGACCAGGUGCUGAGAGGCAACAUAGAUCUGAUUGGGCCAAAGAGCUUACCAAACAAGAAGUUGAGUCUUUCUUGUCCAUUGAUUUUAUUGAUGGAACUUCUUGGCUCCCUGUUUGGCUUCAGCAAAAGUCUUAGAGAGUUCCUUUAUGUUGUCCGUGUCUCGCGUUUGACUUUUGGCGUUUCGCGUUUUGGUUUGGCUUGAAAAAAAAAGCUCAUAUGAAGAAAGAAGAUCCCCAUAUUUUUCUUCGACGGUAUACUAUACGAAAUAGUUUUAUCUCUCUAUAUUUUCUUUUUGUUCUACUCUAAAAUGUUUUUAGAGUGAUUGGGAAACUCUUAUGUUGUUUGCACACAUUAUAUAAGACAGUUUCCAUUUUAAUAAUAUAUGUAACCUAAGUUAUAAAUCAUAUUUUCCAAUUUAAACUAUUGUUCCGAAUAAUUCACCGGAUUAACAAGCAAACGAAUGAUAUUGUGAGUACCGGAAAAUGGUUUUAAUUUUUUUGAAGUAUGGUCACAUAAUAAAUCACAAAGGAAAUAUGACUUGGUACAUAAGU